AUGGCUAGAAAAUAUGAAACUUCAACUCGUCGAAUUUAUGAGAUCUGGAAAUUGUAUGCCCAAGGAUUACCUCUGUGCAAGCAACAAAUAAUACAAAAUGUUGGUUCUUCUAAAGCAGUACCCAUAUCUAAAAAUAAUACCCUAGAUGGGCAGACAAAAAAGAGGAAAUCCGAGUCUGUUUGCAUGCCUGAUUUGCCUUCUGAUAGUAAAGAUCCGAUAGAAAAGAUAGGUAGAAAAUUAGAAUCUAUAUCUUCUUCAUUAUCUGAU